AUGCCAACUGUUCUUAGCCGCCGCGCGCCUCAACUGUGUCGCUUCCUUAGCUUCCCUGAAAAACAAACGGGUGCAAUUAAAGGCCGAAAGCAUUUAAAUACUUCUCCUUCCCCACUAAUUUCCAACUCUACCAUCAUGGGUGCAAACAAAAUUCACAACAUCACACUGGUGCGUUCCAAUAUCACACUGGUGCGUUCCAAUGCCACAUCCAAAGUGAUUCACCACUUGGAUACGAUUCUCUCGCAAAGAGAAGAAGUGAGGUCAGUGAAUCCUAAUGAAGCCGCCGACGAUACAGAUCUUUUGCACCAGAUUGGAUACAAGCAAGAAAUGAGAAGAGAGUAUACAACGUUGCAGGUAUUUGGAAUUGCCUUCUCCAUCAUGGGUUUAUUACCAUCUAUCACCACGACUGCCGCAACUGGUUUGGAAGGCGGUCCUGUUUCCUUUGUUUGGGGUUGGUUUGUCGGUGGAUUUUUCACUCUUUGUUUGGGAAUCUCAAUGAGUUUCUUGGGCUCUUCGAUCCCCACUUCAGGAGGUUUGUUCUUCUACGCCAACAUGUUUGCCCCAGAUUCCAUCAGAGUGCCUUUAAGUUUCCUCAUCGGUUGCUCAAACUCUUUAGCGUUAUGUGGUGGAUUGUGCUCUAUUGAUUACAGUUUUGUUUCCGAGAUGUUUGCAGCCGUG